AUGGCCGUGCGCCAUCGAACUACAAAGUUGCAGAAGUUGGAAGCACCAUCAGCACAGAUCAUUGAGCACACACGCCCUUCUACACAACCACCCCCAAAACCCACACAGAGACUGGGCUGCUGUGGCCGCUUCAUCAUCACACUACUUGCUCUAUACGUCAUCUCGAUGGUUGGACUUCGCUCCUGUAACUGGUUGCAGCAAGCCGUCACGUACGUACAUCACGUACGACAACCAUUUUUCCGAAACCUUUCCGAUCUUGCUUCGUUUGGUAUGAACGGUACAAUUGAGUUUGAGCUUUUUCACGAGGACGGCUGUGGAAUCGAAGUUUGGCAUGUUCUACCGAAUUUUUAUCACGGCAACAUUAAUUCUGAAUCACACAAGGAUGACUUUAUUAAAGCAUUGUCAGAUAGCGCUCCGAUACUACUCUACCUUCACGGAAACACUGGAACGAGAGCUAUUUCACAUCGUCUGGAAGUAUACAAGUUCUUUACUCAGAAAGGGUACCACGUGCUAACAUUUGAUUAUCGAGGCUUUGCCAACUCCCAAUGCUACCCCAGCGAGAGAGGAAUGAUGGAAGACGCACAACUACUGUGGAAUUGGAUCAAAAAUAAAGCACCAAACUCGAAGGUCUACAUCUGGGGUCACUCGCUAGGAUCUGCAGCCGCCACCUAUCUCACUAAAGAGCUCUGUGGACUGGGUAGUCUACCUAAUGGGCUGAUUCUCGAUGCUCCCUUCACUGACAUCGCCGACGCUGGUGCGAAUCAUCCUUUUUCACUGCCGUUUUGGCCCAUAAUGCCAAUAUUCAAACACUUCAUUCUGGACGCUUUCACAGAGAAAUUCAACUCUAUUGAGCGAGUUAAACACAUCACCGUGCCGAUGCUCAUACUUCACGGCCAAAGAGAUGGUCUUAUUCCGUUUUAUAUUGGAGAAAAGUUUCACAGGAUGGCUUUGGAGUACAAGAAAGAUCACCCUGAAAUGGGGGAGGUGGAGUUUGUGGAUUGUGGUGAAGCUGGCCACAAGACCAACCAUUUAUCGCCAGCUGCCCAAGAGGCACUGGACAGAUUUAUUACAGUGUAAACAUUGUAGCUUUUGUGUAUACACCUGUUUCCACCAUGCCAGAACUAUCAAUUAAACUAUGUAAUUAGAUUAUUUUUGUCAGUCGAAUAAAGGUAUAAAAAAUUAAUUAA